AUGGCACCCGUGAAGCUGCUCCGCGUGGGCGACCUCGUGGAGGCGCUCGACCUCGAGGGGCAGUGGUACCCGGCGCGUGUGGUGCAGCAGGCGUCGGAGGGGCUGAGCGCGUCGGCGCGAAUCCGGCCGCACCGCGGCUGGGGGACGGAGCGGAUGCCCGACGACUGGCAGAUCGGCUCAGUCGUCGAGGCGCUCGACCUCGAGGGAAAGUGGUGUGCUUCAAAGGACGAGGGCGGGCGCGGCGACAACUCGGAGGACGUGUGCGCCCUCUGCGAGGAGGUGGGGCGGCUGGUCUGCUGCGACGGGCCGUGCCGCCGCUCCUUCCACAUCGAGUGCGUGCCUCUGAACAACCCGCCCCCGCACGACGAGCGCGCAAAGUGGCGCUGCGCAGACUGCCUCGCCCGGCGGUACCGCUGCUUCGGCUGCAAGAAGUGGGCGGCGCGCGACGAGCUGCAGCAGUGCGCGGUGCACGCGUAG